ACCAGAGCUGUCCGUCCGAUUUUCUCCCAUCUGAUCCACCCCUGUGUGGCUUCCAACCGCCGCCACAGGAGAGGAGCCCAGUGGCGGACGGACUCCUCAAUCCGCGAGUGUUGCACCUGCUUCACCCGAUGCUCGGGCUGGCUGCCCCGAUUUCCCUCCCCACGACGUCGACGUCGGGUGAGAUAAAGAUGACCAGAACAUAGAGAAGGGAGAAGAGAGAGGAGAGAGAGCGGAGAGCUUGCGAGGGUGCUCCAGGAUGCAGACCGAUACUCAGUUCUCUUCGGCCGCGAUGAAGAGGACCAGCGACUGGAUCCGUUCACAAGAAUUCCCGAGCGAUAUUACCAUUCAAGUUGGGGGGAGCAGCUUCAACUUGCACAAGCUCCCACUGGCAUCUAAAUGCGGCUACAUAAGGAAGCUGGUGUCGGGGGCCAACGGGUCCAGGGUGACCCACCUCGAGAUCACGGGCAUGCCCGGCGACGCCAAGGCGUUCGACCUCGUCAUCAAGUUCUGCUACGGCGUCAACUUCGAGAUCACCGCCGACAACGUCGCCAUGCUGCGCUGCGCCGCCGAGCACCUGGAGAUGACCGAGGAGUGCAAGCCCGGGAACCUCGUCGGCCGGACCGAGGCCUACCUGGAGGAGGUGGCGCUGGCGAGCCUCGAGGGCGCGGUCACCGCGCUUCGCAGGGCCGAGGAGCUCCUCCCGGCGUCAGACAAGGUGCAGCUCAUUGGCAGGUGCAUCGACGCCAUAGCGACCAUGACAUGCGGCGACGGUGGCCAUGAGGGGCUGGACGACGUGGGCGCGCCACCGAAGCCUGUCGAUGACUGGUGGGCCGACGAGCUGACGGCGCUGAGGAUCGACACCUUCCAGAGGGUCAUGAUCGCCAUGAAGGCGAGGGGAUUCAAGGGCAUCGCCAUGGGGACGAUGAUCAUGCUCUACGCUCAGAAGUCCCUUCGAAGACUGGACAUGAACGGGAGGGAGCGGAAGAAGAUGGAGCCGAGGCAGGAGCACGAGAAGCGGGUGGUUCUCGAGACGAUCGUGAGCCUCCUGCCGAGGGAGAAGAACACCAUGUCGGUGAGCUUCCUGUCGAUGCUGCUCCGGGCGGCGAUCUACCUCGACACGUCGCUGGCGUGCCGGCUCGAUCUGGAGACGCGGAUGGCCGCGCAGCUCGGCCAGGCCGUGCUCGACGACCUGCUCAUCCCGUCCUCUUCGCCGGAGGGCGCCGGCACGGCCUACGACGUCGACGCAGUGCAGAGGAUCCUCGCCGGCUACCUCGAGAACGAGGGCGAGGCGACGCGCCUGGACUACAACACGGACGACGACUUCGCCUCGGCGGCGUCGCCGCCCAACGACGUCGGCCCGGUCGGCAAGCUCAUGGAGAGCUACCUCGCCGAGAUCUCCUCGGACGUGAACCUGCCCGUUGACAAGUUCACCGGCCUCGCCGAGCUCAUCCCGGAGCGCGCCCGGUUCAACGAGGACGGCAUGUACCGCGCCAUCGACAUCUACUUGAAGGCGCAUCCGUCGCUGGGCGAGGGCGAGAGGAAGAAGGUGUGCGGCGUGAUGGACUGCCAGAAGCUGUCGCGGGAGGCGUGCGCGCACGCGGCGCAGAACGACCGGCUGCCGGUGCAGACGGUGGUGCAGGUGCUGUACCACGAGCAGCGGCGCCUCCGCGUGCCGCCGCCAUCGCAGGCGCCGAGCGGCGCGCCGUCGUACGCCGGGGGGGAGUCGCCGGCGCUGUCGUACAGGCCGACGCCGAGCUUCAACGGGCGGGAGCGGAGCGCGCCGUCCAGCGAGGUGUCGCGGCUGCAGCGGGAGAACGACGAGCUUAGGAUGGAGCUGCUCCAGAUGAAGAUGCGCCUGAGGGACCCGUCGGGCGCGGCACCGGCUGCGGCGCCGCCGCUCGCGGCGGGUGGAACCCGGAGCUUCCCGACGUCGGGGAAGCCGCCACUGCCGAAGAAGCAGGGCGGCAGCGGCGGAGGAGGCGGCGGCGGGUUCAUGAAGAAGCUCGGGCGGCUCAACCCGUUCGUGCGCGACCCUCUGGGCGGCGGGAAGGUCCGCACGAAGCCGCCCAAGGAUCGCAGGCACUCCAUUUCUUGACACUAUCGGAUAGUGUAAUCUAAUGGUCACUUGAAGAUAAAUAAGCCUCUUAGCAUGGACGUAGCACUGUACAGUUUUAUAAUCUGCGUCACAGUUCGUGUCAAGUUCCUGCAAUGAAGAAACUCCGGCCAUUGUAGCAAA